AUGGCUGCAUUGUAUGAAAACAAGAUGAUGUCGAGUGGUGAAAAUCUGCUGACUGCUACAGUGCCUUUGAUGAAACUUCUCUCCCUUACUGUUAUAGGAUUGGUUCUUGCACACCCGAAAGCCCAAAUGAUCCCAAGAGCAACAUUUAGGCUCCUAAGCAAGCUAGUUUUUGCCCUAUUCUUGCCCUGCCUGAUUUUCACUGAGCUUGGUGAAAGCAUUACGCUUCAGAACAUUGCCCUUUGGUGGUUUAUCCCUGUCAAUGUGUUGGUUAGCACACUUAUUGGUUGCUUUCUCGGGGUGUUAGUGGUGCUUAUAUGUCGUCCGCCUCCCCAGUUUAACAGAUUCACUAUUAUUAUGACUGCCUUUGGCAAUACUGGAAAUCUCCCCAUUGCCAUUGUUGGAUCUGUCUGUCAUACUAAAGAUAGCCCAUUUGGACCCCAUUGCCACUCGAGGGGAGUGGCAUAUGUCUCUUUUGCCCAGUGGGUUGCGGUGAUUCUUGUUUACACCCUAGUUUAUCACAUGAUGGAGCCUCCAAUGCAGUACUAUGAAAUUGUUGAGGAAGGAACUGAGAUUGAGGAACAACCAACUAAUGACGUCAGUAGACCUCUCCUUGUAGAAGCGGAAUGGCCAGGCAUUGAGGAUAAAGAAACUGAACAUUCAAAGACGCCUUUUAUUGCUAGGAUCUUUAAUAGCAUCUCAAGUCUUUCACAGACUAAUUUUCCAGACCUUGACCUGAGUGAACGCAGUUUGAGCAGUCCCAGGUCAAUUCAGUGUUUGGCUGAGCCGAGAGUUGUAAGAAGGAUCAGAAUUGUUGCUGAACAAACUCCCGUGCAGCACAUACUUCAACCUCCAACAAUUGCUUCUCUAUUCGCUAUCAUCAUUGGAAUGGUGCCUCAACUAAAAGCUUUUUUCUUUGGAUAUGAUGCUCCUCUAUCUUUUAUCACAGACAGUUUAGGAAUUUUAGCCGGUGCUAUGGUGCCUUCCGUGAUGCUGAUUCUUGGGGGUAUGCUUGCGGAGGGGCCAAAAGACUCUACGCUUGGCCUUCGAACUACAAUUGGCAUAACAGUUGCGAGGCUUUUGGUGCUUCCUCUGCUGGGAAUUGGUGUCGUCGCAUUGGCUGAUAAACUGCAUCUUCUUGUCCAGGGUGAUGCAAUGUACAGAUUUGUGCUCUUGUUACAGUACACAACACCAAGCGCCAUUCUAUUGGGAGCAAUUGCCAGCCUGAGGGGUUAUGCAGUAAAGGAGGCUUCUGCUCUUCUCUUCUGGCAGCAUAUCUUUGCCCUAUUCUCCCUUUCAUUGUACAUCGUUAUCUACUUCAAAUUACUCACUUAUAUUUGA